AUGAAACAUGAAACCCUCCACAAACAACCAGUCCCCCAGGGUCCUCAACAGAAUGGCAUUCUAACAACUCAUGAAAGCGAGAGAGACACCUCUGGAGAAGGGAGGUGAUUUGGGGGACGGAGGGGGAGGGUAUUUGCCUUGUCCAUCGUGGUCUUUCAUCAACAGAGGCUGGGAUCCAACUAGGUAAUAAUCGGGCUGGGCGGCAGGCUGGGCGGCAGGCAUGGUGAUUGGCACCCUGCCACGCCCAGCCCCACACCGUACCACGCCCCUCCCUUGGUGAAGGGAAGGUGGGUGGAGGUGGAGCGGAAGGUGGGGGCGCGGUAUUAAUCACUAGAUCAAGAGAGGUAUUAAUCACUAGAGAGAGAGAGAGAGAGAGAGCAGAACAGCCCCCCUGAGGGCAGCAUAGUGGAGUUGGAAGGGUAUUACUCAGUUGCACACACUGCUCUGCUGCCGGACAACAGCAUUCCUCCACGGGGAGGGGAACAGAGGAGCAUCCACCUCAUCUACAAUAACAUAUGACAUUUAAAAAAAAAAUAUAUCCAGUCAUGCCAUCUAAGUAAUCUAACUGGUGUAACAUUAUGGCAACACCCCUUGAAUAUGGCCGGUGUCAGUAAACGUCGGCAAAAAAAAACGUUAUUAAAUUGUUGCCAGCAGCACAGUUGCAGUCACCAACGCUCUGGAUAACAUGAAAACACCCUAACCAGCUCUGCUAGGGCGAGUAAAAUGGUCAGAGUGAGAUGUUCUCUCAUUUGUGUCUGGAAGUAGCUAGCCAACGUUAGCCAGUUAGCUUGGGUGCUUGACUGUUGUUAGGACAGGACGCUCGGAUCAACCCUACUCCUCCGCCAGUGCGUCCAGUGUGCGCUCUGAACGCUCCGAGAGCGAAACGCUCUAAAUUUACGAACAGACAAUCUGACAACGCUCUGAGUUUACGAACGCCCAGAGCGCACUCUGGCACUCCAGAUUAAAUUCAUGAACACACCCGUAGUAUAAAUCUUUGGUUGUUUAGUACAUGGCCUCACAUGUAUUUCUUUAAAGAGAUGGGUGGGGCUAAAGCUUAAUAGGGUGUGAACGAUGCUGAAUGGGUGUAGACAAAGAAGAGCUCUCCAGUAGGUGUGCCAAAACAUUCAAGGGCCAUUUUCUCAAAAGUAGGUUUAGAAGUUUAUGAACUUUCAAAGCAGAAUUACUUUUUUACCAUUUUCUAGCUCUGAGUCUCUGCUUUUAUCCAAUGUAAAAAACACAAUUUCAAAUGUUGCUCCAUAUGACCGAAUCGAGCCGGUCGGUCACAUAUCACCAUCAGUGACUGUGUGGUGUACAAUAGUGGUAGGAGCGGGUUUUACUUUACAGAUGAAAACUGGUGAUUCGGUGGAGGUAGAAUGCCCUACCAUUAAUAGAAAUGGAAUCUACAAUAUAUGAUAUGUUAUAAAUCCGAGAAAGAAAAAAGCUUCAUGCACUUGCAUUACAAAAGGUAGACAUCUUGAACGCUGCAUGAAUUCAUGCUGUUCCCAUCUUCAAACUGCAUCGAUGACUGUCUGUCAUUGGACUCCUAAUGUACUGACAUUCUGAUCUACGAUUUAAAUAUCCAAACACCCCACCAAUCCCAAGCCAAUAUCCAAACGCCCCACCAAUCCCAAGCCAAUAUCCAAACGCCCCACCAAUCCCAAGCCAAUAUCCAAACGCCCCACCAAUCCCAAGCCAAUAUCCAAACGCCCCACCAAUCCCAAGCCAAUAUCCAAACGCCCCACCAAUCCCAAGCCUAAUCAGAACUCUAACCGGCUCGUUGCUCGCUACCCCUCCAGACGUCUUCCUGUGGGACUUACCCCCCAGUUAGGUCUAUUCAUCUUCACUAGUCUUGUCAAACAAAUAUUUUGAAUUUUACAUUUGUGACAUUUUCCAGUCGGCUACUCAUAGUAUUGUAAUAUUAUAAUGUUGUGUACGUAUUUAGCCAUGUCCCAGUACAGGACUCACAGGUAGAGGCUGGUCAGAGAGAGGGUGGUCAGGUAGAGGCUGGUCAGGUAGAGGCUGGUCAGAGAGGGUGGUCAGGUAGAGGCUAGUCAGGUAGAGGCUAGUCAGGUAGAGGCUGGUCAGGUAGAGGGUGGUCAGGUAGAGGCUGGUCAGGUAGAGGCUGGUCAGAGAGAGUGGUCAGGUAGAGGCUGGUCAGGUAGAGGGUGGUCAGGUAGAGGCUGGUCAGGUAGAGGGUGGUCAGGUAGAGGCUGGUCAGGUAGAGGCUGGUCAGAGAGAGUGGUCAGGUAGAGGCUGGUCAGGUAGAGGGUGGUCAGGUAGAGGCUGGUCAGGUAGAGGGUGGUCAGGUAGAGGCUAGUCAGGUAGAGGCUGGUCAGGUAGAGGCUGGUCAGGUAGAGGGUGGUCAGGUAGAGGGUGGUCAGGUAGAGGGUGGUCAGGUAGAGGGUGGUCAGGUAGAGGCUGGUCAGGUAGAGGGUGGUCAGGUAGAGGGUGGUCAGAUAGAGGCUGGUCAGGUAGAGGCUGGUCAGGUAGAGGCUGGUCAGGUAGAGGGUGGUCAGGUAGAGGCUGGUCAGGUAGAGGCUGGUCAGGUAGAGGCUGGUCAGGUAGAGGCUGAUCAGGUAGAGGCUGAUCAGGUAGAGGGUGGUCAGGUAGAGGCUGGUCAGGUAGAGGCUGAUCAGGUAGAGGCUGGUCAGACCAGAGGGUGGUCAGGUAGAGGCUGGUCAGGUAGAGGCUGGUCAGGUGGAGGCUAGUCAGGUAGAGGCUGGUCAGGUAGAGGCUGGUCAGGUAGAGGCUGGUCAGGUUUGUGACAUUUUCCAGUCGGCUACUCAUAGUAUUGUAAUAUUAUAAUGUUGUGUACGUAUUUAGCCAUGUCCCAGUACAGGACUCACAGGUAGAGGCUGGUCAGGUAGAGGCUGGUCAGAGAGAGUGGUCAGGUAGAGGGUGGUCAGAUAGAGGCUGGUCAGAGAGGGUGGUCAGGUGGAGGCUGGUCAGGUAGAGGGUGGUCAGAUAGAGGCUGGUCAGGUAGAGGGUGGUCAGGUAGAGUCAGGUAGAGGCUGGUCAGGUAGAGGGUGGUCAGGUAGAGGCUGGUCAGGUAGAGGCUGGUCAGAUAGAGGGUGGUCAGGUAGAGGCUGGUCAGGUAGAGGCUAGUCAGACCAGAGGCUGGUCAGGUAGAGGCUGGUCAGGUAGAGGCUGGUCAGGUAGAGGGUGGUCAGGUAGAGGCUAGUCAGGUAGAGGGUGGUCAGGUAGAGGCUGGUCAGGUAGAGGCUGGUCAGGUAGAGGGUGGUCAGGUAGAGGCUAGUCAGGUAGUGGCUGGUCAGGCAGAGGGUGGUCAGGUAGAGGCUGGUCAGGUAGAGGGUGGUCAGGUAGAGGGUGGUCAGGUAGAGGCUGGUCAGAUAGAGGCUGGUCAGGUAGAGGCUGGUCAGGUAGAGGCUGGUCAGGUAGAGGGUGGUCAGGUAGAGGCUGGUCAGGUAGAGGCUGGUCAGGUAGAGGGUGGUCAGGUAGAGGGUGGUCAGGUAGAGGCUGGUCAGGUAGAGGGUGGUCAGGUAGAGGCUGGUCAGGUAGAGGCUGGUCAGGUAGAGGCUGGUCAGGUAGAGGCUGGUCAGGUAGAGGGUGGUCAGGUAGAGGCUGGUCAGGUAGAGGCUGAUCAGGUAGAGGCUGAUCAGGUAGAGGCUGGUCAGGUAGAGGGUGGUCAGGUAGAGGCUGGUCAGGUAGAGGCUGAUCAGGUAGAGGCUGGUCAGACCAGAGGGUGGUCAGGUAGAGGCUGGUCAGGUAGAGGCUGGUCAGGUGGAGGCUAGUCAGGUAGAGGCUGGUCAGAUAGAGGCUGGUCAGGUAGAGGCUGGUCAGGUAGAGGGUGGUCAGGUAGAGGCUAGUCAGGUAGAGGCUGGUCAGGUAGAGGCUGGUCAGAGAGAGUGGUCAGGUAGAGGGUGGUCAGAUAGAGGCUGGUCAGAGAGGGUGGUCAGAUAGAGGCUGGUCAGGUAGAGGCUGGUCAGGUUUGUGACAUUUUCCAGUCGGCUACUCAUAGUAUUGUAAUAUUAUAAUGUUGUGUACGUAUUUAGCCAUGUCCCAGUACAGGACUCACAGGUAGAGGCUGGUCAGGUAGAGGCUAGUCAGGUGGAGGCUGGUCAGGUAGAGGCUGGUCAGGCAGAGGCUGGUCAGAUAGAGGCUAGUCAGGUAGAGGCUGGUCAGAGAGAGUGGUCAGGUGGAGGCUGGUCAGGUAGAGGGUGGUCAGAUAGAGGCUGGUCAGGUAGAGGGUGGUCAGGUAGAGUCAGGUAGAGGCUGGUCAGGUAGAGGGUGGUCAGGUAGAGUCAGGUAGAGGCUGGUCAGGUAGAGGGUGGUCAGGUAGAGGGUGGUCAGAUAGAGGCUGGUCAGAGAGGGUGGUCAGGUGGAGGCGGUCAGGUAGAGGGGUGGUCAGAUAGAGGCUGGUCAGGUAGAGGGUGGUUCAGGUAGAGUCAGGUAGAGGCUGGUCAGGUAGAGGGUGGUCAGGUAGAGGGUGGUCAGGUAGAGGGUGGUCAGGUAGAGGGUGGUCAGGUAGAGUCAGGUAGAGGGCUGGUCAGGCGGGUAGGUAGAGGCUGGUCAGGUAGAGGCUGGUCAGGUAGAGGGUGGUCAGGUAGGAGGGUGGUCAGGUAGAGGGUGGUCAGGUAGAGGGUGGUCAGGUAGAGGGGCUGGUCAGGUAGAGGGUGGUAGGUAGAGGUGGUCAGGUAGAGGCUGGUCAGGUAGAGGCUGGUCAGAUAGAGGCUGGUCAGGUAGAGGCUGGUCAGGUAGGGGCUGGUCAGGUAGAGGGUGGUCAGGUAGAGGCUGGUCAGGUAGAGGCUGGUCAGGUAGAGGCUGAUCAGGUAGAGGCUGAUCAGGUAGAGGCUGGUCAGGUAGAGGGUGGUCAGGUAGAGGCUGGUCAGGUAGAGGCUGAUCAGGUAGAGGCUGGUCAGACCAAGGGUGGUCGGGUAGAGGCUGGUCAGGUAGAGGCUGGUCAGGUGGAGGCUAGUCAGGUAGAGGCUGGUCAGAUAGAGGCUGGUCAGGUAGAGGCUGGUCAGGUAGAGGGUGGUCAGGUAGAGGGUGGUCAGGUAGAGGCUAGUCAGGUAGAGGCUGGUCAGGUAGAGGCUGGUCAGACCAGAGGCUGGUCAGGUAGAGGGUGGUCAGGUAGAGGGUGGUCAGGUAGAGGCUGGUCAGGUAGAGGCUGGUCAGGUAGAGGCUGGUCAGAUAGAGGGUGGUCAGGUAGAGGCUGGUCAGGUAGAGGCUAGUCAGACCAGAGGCUGGUCAGGUAGAGGCUGGUCAGGUAGAGGCUGGUCAGGUAGAGGGUGGUCAGGUAGAGGCUGGUCAGGUAGAGGCUGGUCAGGUAGAGGCUGGUCAGGUAGAGGCUAGUCAGGUAGAGGCUGGUCAGGUAGAGGGUGGUCAGGCAGAGGCUGGUCAGAGAGAGGCUGGUCAGGUAGAGGCUGGUCAGGUAGAGUCUGGUCAGGUAGAGGGGGGUCAGAUAGAGGCUGGUCAGGUAGAGGCUGGUCAGGUAGAGGGUGGUCAGGUAGAGGGUGGUCAGGUAGAGGCUGGUCAGAUAGAGGCUGGUCAGGUAGAGGCUGGUCAGGUAGAGGCUGGUCAGGUAGAGGCUGGUCAGGUAGAGGCUGGUCAGGUAGAGGGGGGUCAGGUAGAGGGUGGUCAGGUAGAGGCUGGUCAGGUAGAGGCUGGUCAGGUAGAGGCUGGUCAGAUAGAGGCUGGUCAGGUAGAGGGUGGUCAGGUAGAGGUGGUCAGGUAGAGGCUGGUCAGGUAGAGGUGGUCAGUAGAGGCUGGUCAGGUAGAGGCUGGUCAGGUAGAGGCUGGUCAGAUAGAGGCUGGUCAGGUAGAGGCUGGUCAGGCAGAGGGAUGGUGAUUGUACAGGUAGUAGAGUCCAUGCUGAUCUGAAUAUUGUACAGUAUGUGGUUGCUUUACUGUUUUGUAGGUGUACUGAACAUGAACUUACGACAGUGAUCCUGGCCCUCAUGCAUGGGUAUGCAGUCCAUGCUGAUCUGGAUGUGUUGCCUGCUGGUCCAUCUCUGUCUGUUGGGCUGUCGGGGACGUUCGCUGUAUGGGGUGCAAAGAGUGGAACGCUGACCUGAAAAACAAGCGCUACGAUUACUGGUUUUAACUGGUUUGUGGGGGUGUGUUGGUGUGUUGUGUGUGGUUUGGUGGUGGGGGGUGGUGUGGUGUGUGUUGGUGUUGGUUUGUGGUGUGUGGUGGUGUUGGGGUGGUUUUGGUGUUGGUGGUGUUGGUUGGGGGGUGUGUGUGUGUGGGGGUGUGUGUGUGUUGUUGUGUUGGUGUGUGGUGUGUGGUUGUGGUUGUGGUGUGUUUGGUGUGUUUUGUGGGUUUGUGGUGUGUUUGGUGUUGUGUGGGUUUUGUGUUUGUGUGUGUGUGGUGGUUGUGGUUGUGGUUUUUUGUGUGUUGUGUGUGGUGGUGUGUGGGGUUUUGGUGUUUGUUUGGGUUUGGUGGUGUGGUGUGUGUGUUGUGUUUUUGGUGUGUGUUUUGGUGUGUUGUGGUUUUGUGUGGUGUUUGGGGUGGGUUGUGUGUGUUUGUUGGUGUGUGUGUGUUUGUUGUGUGUGUGUGUGGGUGGUUGUGUUUGGUUUGGGGUGUGGGGUUUUUUUUGUGGGUGUGGUUGUGUGGGUGUGGUGUGUGUGUGUGUGUGUGUGGUGUGGGUGUGUGGGUGUGUGGUGUGUGUGUGUGUGGUGUGUGUGGGUGUUGUGUGGUGUGUGUGUGGUGGUGUGGUGGGGAUGUGUGGGUGGUGGUGGUGGUGGUGUGUGGUGGGUGGUGUGUGAGUGGCUGUGUGGUGUGGUUGUGUGGGUGGUGUGUGUGUGUGGUAGCUGUGUGUGGGUGUGGUGGCUGUGUGGUGUGUGGUGAUGUGUGGUGGGUGUGGUGUGUGGGUGGUGUGGUGUGGUGUGUGUUGAGUGGUGUGGUGUGUGGUUGUGGUGUGUGUGUUUUUGUGUUUGUAGACUCACUGGUCCAGCAUCUCCAGUAGCUGGUUGAACACAUCCUGA